GAGCAGUUGGUCCACUUCUGCAUGGUACCAACGGAGAGAUCGGGAGCAUCCACCCCGUGUUGCCGGAAGACGGGCGCGGACAGGGACACCUGCUUCGCCAGCCGAGCCCCCUUCCCCAACCACGACCGUGAAGUCCACUUCCUCAACCUGGCCGAGGUGUGCCUGCCGGACUUGGAUGUUCUCUGCCGUUCACCCAUUGAGGUGCCCAAGGAAGGACCGACAAGUAUCCUGGUGAACGGGCUACGGAAGAAUUGCUGCAAAGGGCAAACUGCAGCAAAGGCUAUGAAAUGUGCAUUGGGACAGAGAGUCAGGUUUGCGGACGAGGUGUGCAAGAAAGAGGCCAAGAAGUGGAGUGAUACACAUGGCUGCUGCAAAACGACCGGCAGCGCGUGCAUUGAUACCAGGUACCUUACAAAUGUGAAGGUGAUUGCAAAGACUCCCAAUGACAUUAGGCUGAAACACUUCUGAGUCCGACGCCAACUCCGUCACUGGGAACAUCCCGCCAAACUGCAUCCCGGAAUCUGAAGACAAGACACAGAGUGCUGGAGUAACUCAGCGGGUACUCCCUCUAUCAAACACAACUGAGAUUUCCCAGUGAGUUUCUAUCACCAAGACCCUUCCUCAGACUGAGAGCCAGGAUAAAGGGAAACGAGAU